AGUUGAACCCAAAUUUCUCCCUCUUUCUCUUUCUACCUUGAGUUCCUAUAUCCAAUUUGAUUCUCUUUAUCCACCAUUUCCUUCUCCACCACCAUGUCCACCACCCCAAUUCAGCAGCAGCCGUAUAUCUGACCCACCAUUACUGCCAUGGACUACCAAACCCAAUCACGUCGUGAAUCAUUUUCUUUCACCACCUCAUCCACAUCGAAACCAUCAGAAUCACAAGACACAUGUUUUGAUCUUGAAUGGCCUUUUGGUAAUAUCGAAGGUCUUGAUAAGGAAGAUUUGAGAGAAACUGCGUAUGAGAUUUUCUUUACCGCAUGCAGAUCAUCACCUGGUUUUGGUAGUAAAACACCAUUAAUCCAAGAUAGUUGUACUGGUGAUAAUGGAGGUAUGGGGCAUAAUGGAGGAAGAACAACAACAAAUGGUUUGGGUUUGGCUGCCACGAGUAAGGUGAAAAGAGCUUUAGGAUUGAAAAUGGUGAAAAAAGUGUCACCAAGAAAACCAAAUUCUAAUCCUUCUUCACCUAGGCCUAACUCUGGCUUUGUCUGUGGUGGUGGGUUGGGUUUUACAACGCCAUUAAUGAGAUUAAAAAGACCAUUAACAUCAGCUGAAAUUAUGAGAUCACAAAUGAAGGUUUCUGAACAGAGCGAUAUUAGACUCAGGAAAACACUCAUGAGGACUCUUGUUGGCCAGAUGGGUAGACGAGUAGAGACCAUAAUCAUCCCACUUGAACUCCUUCGCCACCUUAAACCAUCAGAGUUCAGUAGUCUAAAUGAUUAUCAUCUUAUGCAAAGAAGGCAACUCAAAGUCCUUGAAGCAGGUCUAUUACUCUACCCUUCGGUUCCAUUAGAACCAUCAAACUCGUCUGUGUUGCACCUCCAGGAUAUUAUCCACGGGAGCGAAGAAAAGCCCAUUGACGCAAGCAAGAACUCAGAAACGAUGCGAAUGUUAUGCAAUUCUGUGGUGUCGUUGUCAUUGCGCAGCACAAAUGGAUCAACUGCAGAUGCGUGUCACUGGGCAGACGGGUAUCCCAUGAACAUACACUUGUACAUUUGUCUCCUACAAUCGGUCUUCGACCUCAAGGAUGAGACUGCAGUUCUUGAUGAGGUUGACGAAUUUCUCGAACUCAUGAAGAAGACAUGGUCUACGCUAGGAGUCAACAAGUGUAUACACAAUGUGUGCUUUAUGUGGGUGCUCUUUCAACAGUAUAUUGCGACAGCACAAGUUGAACAAGACCUUCUGUCUGCUUCUCUUGCUAUGUUAACUGAAGUUGUCAAUUAUGUGAAGAAAGCUGAACGUCGAGAUGUUAUUUAUAUUAAGCUUUUAUCAUCUGCUGCUACUUCAAUGCUAGCUUGGUCUGAGAAGAGAUUGCUCAAUUAUCAUGACAACCUUCAGAAGGGAAUGGCUGGGUUGAUAAUGGAGAAUUUACUUCCAUUGGCGUUGUCGACUGCUAGGAUUUUGGAUGAAGACAUAUCUAACUUUGGGGUGGGACAGGGGAGAGGGGAUCAUUCGGUGGAAAUGGGGAACAAGGUGGAUAACUACAUAAGGUCAUCUAUGAGGAGCGCUUUUGAUAAGCUAUUUAAUGGAGCAAAAAACAAGAACACUGAAGCUGAAGAAGAGGCAAGUGAAGUUCUGAUUCAAUUAGCUAAAGAAACACAAGAACUGGCUACUAAAGAAAAGGAAAACUUUAGUCCCAUACUCAAGAAAUGGCAUCCAGUUGCUGCUGGAGUAGCUGCUCUGAGCCUCCAUAACUGUUUUGGAGAAGUGUUGAAACAAUACAUAGCCCAAGUUUCCACGUUGACAAAUGAGGCAAUUAGAGUCUUACAAACAGCUGGAAAACUAGAGAAGGAUUUAAUUCAAAUGGCAAUUGAAGAAUCUGUUGAUUGUGAGGAAGGUGGUAAAGUUGUUCUUAGGGAAAUGGAGGCAUAUGAAGUUGACUCCAUCAUUUUGUCUCUCUUAAAGGCAUGGAUUUAUGAGAGGUUGAAGAACGGAAACUUGUGCCUUGGUAGAGCUAAAGAAACUGAGACAUGGAACCCAAAAUCAAAGACAGAGCCGUAUGCACAGUCUGCUGUGGAGAUAAUGAAGUUGGUGCAUCAAUCCGUCGACGACUUCUUUGAAAUCCCAGUUGGAAUUUCUGAUGGUUUGGUUCAAGAUCUUGUAGACGGCUUAGAACUUCUUAUACUUGACUAUACUUCCUUUGUUGCAUCAUGUGGUUCAAAACAAAGCUAUAUACCUCCACUUCCCCCUUUAACAAGAUGCAACCAACAUUCGAAAUUUAUUCAGUUAUGGAGGAAAGCAAGCCCUUGCAGAACUCUAGGAGCAGCCGAGAGGUUCCACAGUAGCUCGGCAGAAGGUAAUCAUCCUCGGCCAUCAACAAGUCGUGGCACGCAGCGACUAUACAUCCGUCUUAACACUCUGCAGUAUCUCCUGUCUUAUGUCCAUUCCCUCGACAAGUCACUCUCACUUGCUCGCCGCCAAAAUCCUUUACCCCACAGUCGCUAUCGCAAUAAUCGACACAUUUCAGCUAAUCAAUGCUAUUUUGAUCUUGCCCGGUCCUCCAUCCUUGCAGCAUCAGAGAAUGUUGCAGAAAUUGGUGCUUACCGUCUUAUAUUCCUUGAUUCAAGCUCUGUAUUUUAUGAAAGCUUAUACGUAGGUGAUGUGGCCAACGCACGUAUUUGCCCUGCACUGAGAAUCCUCAAGCAAAAUCUCACGCUCCUUGCUGCAAUUCUAAUGGACCAAGUUCAACCUCUAGCAGUGAAAGAAAUCAUGAAGGCCACUUUUGAAGUUUAUCUUAUGAUAUUGCUUGCUGGAGGGGUGGCACGGGGAUUUUCUUUAACAGAUCAAGAGAUGAUUGAGGAAGAUUUUGAGAGCCUUAAACGUGCAUUUUGCUCAUGUGGGGAAGGAUUGGUAGCGGAGGAGGUGGUUGAGAGGGAAGCUGAGGUAGUUGAAGGAGUGUUGGGAUUAAUGGGUCAGAAUACUGAACAGCUAAUUGAAGAUUUCAGCAUUGCUGCAUGCGAAGUGAGUGGAUUGGGAAUUAUGGGUGUGGGUCAAAAGGUGCCAAUGCCACCGACUACUGGAAGAUGGAAUAGAGCUGAUCCAAAUACAAUCUUGAGGGUACUAUGUCAUAGAAAUGAUAGCACUGCCAAUGGCUUUUUAAAAAGGACAUUCCAAUUAGCUAAGAGGAAAUGAAGAAAAUGAUGCUCACUUAGUCUCAGGAAAACCUCUUUCUGAUGCAGAAUUAUGUUGUGUUUGAUUGCUUUGUUUGUACUAUUUCAAGGUUCCAUUGUAGUAAAAAAGAAACUGUAGUUUGUCCCACCUUAUACUAGAGGAGCAUAAAUUGAAGACAAGGAGGAUAAUGCAUAUAUUGUAUCUAUUUGCCCUAUUGUAUCA